AAGUGUGACCGAAUGCUAGCCCCCACAGCGAAAUGAUAUUGAUGAGGAUUUACAAAACGUAGAAAAGCCAGAGGAAACCUUAAUUAAUGUUGAGCUAAAAGUGUACAAACCUGAGAUUAAGUGCAAGGAUGUCGAAACGCAGCGCCGACGACGCCAGCGGCGGCAGCGGCAGUGGCGCCAGCAGCGGCCUAGUGGCGGCCGCCGCCGCCGGCCAGCCGCCUAUCAAGAAGGUGCACUUCGAGCCGCACCUGAUUGGGCCGGUGUCCACGCUGGAGGAGAUGGACAUCAAGGUGCUGGAGUUUCAGAACAAGAAGCUCGCGCAGCGCAUUGAGCAGCGGAUGCGCACGGAGGCGGAGCUUCGGCACCGCAUCGAGCAGCUGGAGAAGCGGCAGACGCAGGACGACGCCGUGCUGAACGUGGUCAAUCGGUAUUGGAACCAGCUGAACGAGGACAUUCGCGUCCUGUUGCAGCGCUUCGAUGCCGAAACGGCAGACGAGCUGGAGAACCGCAACGAGAACGAGGUGACCACCUCUUUUCUCGCGCAACUGUCCACCUGGGACAAGGAGGAGCUGGACGAGAAGCUGGCCAACCGCGUCCAGGUGUCAAAGCGGGCGGUGGCCAAGAUCGUGCAGGUUAUUGAUAGGUUAAUGCAACGCAACGAGAAGAUAACUCAUGUAUUGAAAGGUGAUAGCCUGGCCGGCGCAGCAGCUGGAUCCGGGUCUGGGGCGGCCGGCGACGAUGAGCAGCAGCAGCAGUCCAGUGGCGAUGCGGAGUCGGCGACAGGCGCCGCCGCUGGCGUCCAUGCGCUGGAGGAGACGCUCAAGCAGACUCACAUCGAGAUCAUGAGCGAGAACCACAAGCUGCAGAAUCUGAAUACCUCGCUGCACGAGAAGUUCCACACCAUGUCGCUGAAGAUGAAGGAGUACCAGGACGCGCACACCGCCAAGGAGACGGAGAACGCCGAGCUGAAGAACCAGAUCGACGAGCUGCAGUACGACCUGGAGAAGAUUCACUACCGGAACGAUAAGCUGGAGAACCACCUGGCCGAGGCCAUUGAGAAGCUGAAGGCCUACCACCAGAUCUACGGGGAUCCCAAUAAGAGCAGCAACAGUGCCAAGACGCCCGCCUCGACGGCCAUGGGCACCACCACAACCAAUGUGAAUAGCCAGCACUUGGAGGAGCUGCAAAAGGAGCUGGAGGAGUAUCGUGAGCUGGCCAAUAACCGCUUGCAGGAGCUGGACAAGCUGCACGCCACGCAUCGCGAGACCCUCAAGGAGGUGGAAAAGCUGAAAAUGGAUAUACGCCAACUGCCCGAAUCGGUGAUUGUGGAGACCACGGAAUACAAGUGCUUACAGAGCCAGUUCUCCGUGCUCUACAACGAGUCCAUGCAGAUCAAGACCAUGCUGGACGAAACUCGAAAUCAACUGCAGACGAGCAAGAACCAGCAUCUGCGGCAGAUCGAAGUGAUGGAGAGCGAGGAGCUGAUUGCCCAGAAGAAGGUACGCAGCGAGAUGAUCCAAAUGGAGGACGUGCUGGCCCUCAUUCGCAAGGAGUACGAGGCGCUGCGCAUCGAGUUCGAGCAGAACAUGGCCGCCAAUGAACAGACGGCGCCCAUUAACCGCGAGAUGCGCCACCUGAUCACCUCACUGCAGAACCACAACGGGCAGCUGAAGGGCGAGGUGCAGCGGUACAAACGCAAAUACAAGGACACAUCCACGGAUAACGUUAAGCUGCGCAAGGAGUUGGACGAGGCUCUCGCGACGCUGGAGGGCAACAAGCUCAAGUCGGAGUCAGGUGCUGCCGCCGGCGAAGAGGUCAAGCAGGAGAACGCCACGAGUGUGAAGGAGGAGAACGCGAACAAUGCCUCCGCCUGCGGCCAGUCGAAUCAAAAUAAUUCCUCGGGCAGCGACCCCAACAUCGCCCACAUCAAGGAGGAGAACUCCGUUUCGGCCGAAGACGAGGCUGAUGACGAUGUUAAGGAUGUCAAGGACGGCAGUAUCAAGCAGGAGAAGCUCAGCGCUGGAGAAGCAGCGGCGGCGUCGGCAGCAGCUGAGAAAAAAGACUCCCCUGGUCCGGGAAAUUCCACGAAUGCGUCGUCGACAAAUUCCAGUUCCGCUGGUGGGACGGUCAAGAACGAAAAGGAUUCCAAGGACGGCGUCAAGGGGAAGGAUGUCAAGGCCGUGGAAAGCGAAGCCAUGCGUGAUCUGCGGGCACAACUAAAAAAAGCGCUGAACGACCAAAAGGAAAUGAAACUCCUGCUGGACAUGUACAAAGGCGUCUCGAAGGAUCAACGCGACAAGGUGCAGCUAAUGGCCACCGAGAAGAAGCUGCGCUCCGAGAUCGAGGAGCUACGCCAGCAGCUUAAAAAGCUGCAGGAAAGCAAGCGCGAGGAGCGCAAGAAGCUGGCCGACGAGGAGGCACUGCGCAAGAUCAAGCAGCUGGAGGAGCAGAAGUACGAGCUGCAGAAGCAGAUGGCCAACCACAAGCCCUCGGAGAAUGCGUGGGGCAGUGGAGCACCCGGCACUGCGAACUACACACGGCCCUUCGUCGGCUCCCACGAGGAGGAGGCGCUGCUCAACGAGAUGGAGGUGACGGGUCAGGCCUUCGAGGACAUGCAGGAGCAGAACUCGCGGCUCAUACAACAGCUGCGCGAGAAGGACGACGCCAACUUCAAACUAAUGUCGGAGCGCAUCAAGGCCAACCAGCUGCACAAGCUGCUGCGCGAGGAGAAGACGGUGCUGGAGGAUCAGAUGGCCACGGCCACCACGCAGAUCGAGGCCAUGCACAUUGUUCUGCGUAAGCUGGAGGAGAAGGAGCGCAGUCUGCAGGCCACCGUGGCCUCCAUCGAGAAGGAGCUGAUGCUGCGCCAGCAGGCCAUGGAGAUGCACAAGCGGAAGGCGAUCGAAUCGGCCCAGUCGGCGGCCGACCUGAAGCUCCAUUUGGAGAAGUACCAUGCGCAAAUGAAGGAGGCGCAGCAGGUGGUGGCCGAGAAGACCAGCUCGCUGGAAGCGGAGGCCUACAAGACGAAGCGGCUGCAGGAGGAGCUGGCGCAGUUCAAGCGCAAGGCGGAGCGCAUGAAGAAGAUGGAGAUGUCGGGCACGACCAUUGACGAGGUGAUGAUCGAGGAGAUACGUGAGUACAAGGAGACGCUCACGUGUCCCUCGUGCAAGGUGAAGCGAAAGGACGCGGUGCUGUCCAAGUGCUUCCACGUCUUCUGCUACGACUGCCUGCGCACGCGCUACGAGACGCGGCAACGGAAGUGUCCCAAAUGCAACUGCGCCUUCGGCGCCAACGAUUAUCAUAGGCUAUAUCUGCAGUAGAUAAGCGAUAGUACCACCCGUAACGAUAAUUUUAGACCCGUUCCGGUCCAUGUCCCCAAUUCACACACUCCUCACACCCCCACCCAUCUAUCCCCGAGCCCCUCUCACUCAUGCCGGAACAUUCAUUACGCAUAAUAUUACCGUACAUACUAAUACUUGGUUAAGUAGUCUCCGAAUAACACCCUCAGAAGUCCCAAUCCCAAUCCCCCGUGGCAGUUAUCUGAAUUCGUUCAUCCAUUAUCGGCGCCAAGCAAAACGCAUCUCAUGAGUGCCGCGAGCGACCAUGCGCGGCUUUUUUUAUGUAGCUUCUAGUUUUUGUAAAUCGAACUCUAUUUUUAAUUGAUUUCAUUUGAAAACUAAAUGUACGAACACUAAUAAAUGGCUAAAAACUUUA